AAUUCCCUGACCCACAACUGAAACAUCCACUGCUGAACACCAUGUCCUACUACAGCCAUCUUUCUGGUGGCCUGGGCUGCGGCUGUGCUGUGACGAUGGGAAGGACUGUGGCUGUGACGAUGGGAAGGACUGUGGCUGUGGCUGAGUAUGGCAGGUGCAGACAUGGCUGCCACUCAUCUUACUCUGCCAGGUAA